AGGCAGGCGCAUCAAUGACAGGGACAGCAGACACACCAUCAGCGCUCGGCCUGCUUCACGUUCACAGCUCCAGGCAACGAGCUGCCAGCUGUUUGUGACCCGAGCUGAGGAUGUGGGAGCAGGUGCGCACCUCCUGCUUCUCCCGCUGCCUGUCUCCCAUCCACCCCUUCAUCCUCCUCCUCAUCUUCAUCAUCAUCAGCGCUCACAGAUCAGCGGCAGAAGGAGACCUGCCGCCGUGCGACAAGGGAGACUACUACUAUCAGUACACAGAGUGCGACAGCACUGGGUCAAGAUGGAGGGUGGCCAUCCCUCUCACUCCAGGCUCCUGCUUGGGCCUUCCAUCUCCAACCAGAGGAACAGACUGCUCCUUCUCCUGUCCGGCAGGGAUGUUUUUGGAGAUGUCCACCCAGCUGUGCACGCCGUGUGCAGCUGGAUCAUAUUCUUUGGGCAGCGGUCUGCGGUUUGACCAAUGGGAUGCCAUUCCUGCUGGCUUCACAAGCCUGGCCAGCUUUUUGGAUCCUGGACCAAAUGGAGAGGACAUUCAGGCCUGUAACAGCUCAUCGUGGACGCCACAGGGUCUGUACCUGGAGUCCAACCGCGACGAGUGCACGGUGUCCCUAGUUUAUGCCGUCCAUCUAGAAAAACAGGGAUCAGUGUCUUUCACCUAUCAGUAUCCAGACAACAACAUUUUCUUUGAGUUCUAUGUUCAGAACGAGCAGUGCCAGGAGAUGUCCCAGACGGACGACCAGAAGUGGAUUAAAGUCACCAACAGUGGAGAAUGGGGAACACACACAGUGAGCCUGAAGUCGGGCACAAACAUCCUGUACUGGAGAACAACAGGGAUACUGGUGGGAGGGAAGAUGGUGAAACCAGUGCUGCUGAAGAACAUCCAAAUAGAAGGUGUCGCCUACACGUCGGAGUGUUUUCCAUGUCGGCCCGGCUGGUUUAGUCCGAUGCCCGGUUCCUCAUCCUGCCAAGCGUGUCCAAGCAACACUUACUCUGGAAAGGGAGCAUCCGCCUGUUCAGCCUGCCCAGAACAUUACUACUCUCAUGAGGGAUGGGCUGAAUGUAAGGUGAGACCACCGUGCUCGGAGAAGGAUUACUUCCAGAUUCACUCGGCUUGUGACAGCGAGGGAAAGACACAGGUGCUUUAUCGUUGGGUGGAGCCAAAAAUCUGCGUGGAGAAUGUUAAGGGGGCCGUCAACCUGCCUGCGACCGGACAGAGAGAGCCCUGCCCCCCCUGCAACCCUGGCUACUACAACAGCAACGACUCCACCUGUCUGCCCUGCCCUCCUGGAACACACUCUGAUGGCACCUAUGCGUGUGUCGAGUGCCCCGCAGGUACUGAACCCGUGUUGGGCUACGAGUACAAAUGGUGGAACGUGCUUCCACCCAACAUGAAGACCUCUUGUUUCAACGUGGGGAACUCCAAAUGUGACGACAUGAACGGAUGGGAGGUGGCUGGAGACCACAUUCGGAGCGGGGCAGGGAGUUCAGAUAAUGAUUACCUCAUCCUUACCCUGCAUGUCCCUGGAUUUAAGGUACCUGCAUCGCUCGCUGGGAUGACCGGUGGAGAGUUUGGCAGGAUCACCUUUGUGUUCGAGACCAUCUGCUCUGCUGACUGUGAGCUCUACUUCAUGAUGGAUGUAAACAGGAAGAGCACCACAGUGGUGGAGUCCUGGGAGGGCAGUAAGGGGAAGCAGGCGUUCUCACACAGCAUGACCAGAAACGCCUCUGUUACGUUUACUUGGGCUUUUCAGAGGACAAGCCACGCUCUGGAUGUUCGCCGUUACAUCAGCGACACAGUGAAGAUCUACUCCAUCAGUGUGACCAACGUCCUGGAAGGGGUUGCGUCGGCGUGCCGAGCCUGUGCUCUCAUUCCGCAGAACUCCCAGCAGGCCGGCUCCUCCUGCGUUCCCUGCCCCGCCGGCUUCUUCAUCGAUCGGGACACUAACCGAUGCCAGGAGUGUCCACCAAACACCCACCUAGCUGGGCGGCACACCUACGGCCGGGAUGCUUGCAUUGCCUGUGGACCUGGAAGUAUCAGCAACAAGGAGCAUUCCCGCUGCUUCAGCGACUGCUCAUUCAUUCACACAGAGAACAACAGAACACUGACCUUUGACCUCAGCCCUAUGAGUGACGCGGCUUCGUUGAUAUUGGGGCCAAGUUUUACCUCCAAAGGCACAAAGUAUCUUCACCUGUUCAACAUCAGCCUCUGUGGCCACAAGGGAAGAAGAGCUGCCGUCUGCACCGAUAACGUCACAGAUGUGUCCAGCAAAGAUGAGCAGAGUGAUUUGUCUCAGUUCUUCAACACGGUGGACAGCUUCCUCUGCCAGUCAACCAUCAUCCCUGGAGAUGGGCGGGGCUUCAGGCUGCCCAUUUCCUCGCAGUCCAUUAGUCUGGCUGACACCUUCAUAGGAGCAACAGUGGACACUGUUCUCGACGGAAUAAACGCUGAGCCGGAUCUGUUCCCUGAGAAUCCAAACGACAUUCCAGACAUCAACUUCUUCUACAGGUCAAUGCAGGCCACGGCCUCAUGUGAUCAGGGUCGAAGUUCUGUCAUCACGGUUCGCUGCAAUCCAGAAAAGUCUGAGCGAGGACAACUCUCCGUGCCCAGCUCCUGUUCUGCAGGAACAUGUGAUGGAUGCACCUUUCACUUCCUGUGGGAGAGCUCCAGCGCCUGUCCACUCUGCACUGAGGCCGACUACCAUCUCAUACAGGGAGCCUGCAAAGGAGGAGUCCAGGAAACUCUGUACAUGUGGAACGAACCAAAACUGUGCACCAAAGGAGUGGCACUGCCUUCUCGGAGCUCCACUCCCUGCGAGGUCAUCGCUCUGUGGCUGAAGGUUGGGCUUGGUGUUGGUGCCUUUGUCGCUGUGCUGCUUGUGUCCCUCACCUUCUAUUUCUGGAAAAAAAACAAGAGGUUGGAAUACAAAUACUCUCGCCUGGUGAUGUCUGCGAACAAGGAGGGUGAGCUGCCAGCUGCAGACAGCUGUGGCUUGGCUGAAGGAGAGGAGUUUGAGGAUGAUGUGGUCUACACCAAGAAACCCACCCUGUUGGGGAAACUCAGAGCCAUCGCCAAUAAGCAGGAGCAGGGAGAGAGCAGCGAGUCGGUGCAGCUGAACUCUUCUCAGGCAGAUCGAUGGGUCCUGGGAUAAACUGAUGAUGUGUUUCAUAAUGGCCGUUGAUACAGUCACUGUCCAGAGUCAUGUGUGUCUUUUUCUAAAGUGGGGGAUAAGCUGCAGACCUUUAAUGGAGGGCAGUCUGGACAAUUAUUUCAGCCCUAAAUUGUGAUAUUUCCUCACAGUUUUACUCCAUGGAUGCGAAACUGAACCAAACCGAUAUGUCCUUUUAAUGUUUUUUGUAUGUUUUGUAUUUUAUUUGUUAUUUUCUGUUCAGGGUCUUGUAUUUAUAUUAUUCUAAACAAACUUUAUUAAAGUCCUGUUUGACUUUAUAAAAAG